AUGGAGUUGGGUGGAAAAGGGGAGGACAGGGGAUUCGACGCCCUCGUGGAGGGAAGUUUCGUGGAGCUCUUAGGGGCGGGAGGAUUCCGCGGCGGGGAUAUGGAGAAGAAGAUCCAGGGCGCGGAAGAGGGCGGGGUUGAGUUCUUCCUCAGAUGUCCCUAUGCUCAGCCUCUGCCGUCCUCUUCCUCCCCCCCUUCUUCCUCCUACAGGUUGCUGCGUUUCGGGGGGGACGAUGGCCACUGCGGCGACGGGAACAACGGUUUCUCCCCACAUUCGAUCACCAGCGGCGCCGGUUCCUGCACCCCUCUCUCGUCCUCCAGUAGCUCCAUCUCCAAAUUGAAGGUUUCUCUCUCUCUCUCUGUCUCUCUCUCUCUGUCUCUCUCUCUCUACACCUCUCACUCAGUUCAAAGCUCUUUUCGGCCAUCUGUAUCUACCUGUGCAUGCAUAUAAGCCGCAGACGGAAGAUACGAAAGGGCGCCCCGGCGCCGCAGGCCGAAGGAGAGCAUCCGCCGCCGCCAAAAAGCCAGGGAAAGAGCAGCGCGCCAUCUCCCAAGGAUGCGCACUGAAGGUCUCCUCUUCAAGACAGACCCGACCCUUGCUCGCCAUUGAAUUUUGUUUUUCCCGCUUUUGUUCUUCUUCUCCGCGGCCGACUGGAUAAUCGCGAAACUCUCACCCUGAUUUCUGUUCCUCGCUGGGCCGUGAUCAGGUGAGGAAGGAGAACCUGGGCGAUCGGAUUUCCGCGCUCCAGCAGCUUGUUUCCCCCUUCGGCAAGGUAUGACCUCUAAAUAUCAACAGAUAGACUAGAGAGGGUCGAUGAACGCGUAUUAACUACUGACUUCGAUUGGCAUCAUCUCUCGCCUGGAAUCGCAUUGAUGACUUCUGUCGUCGCCGGCAUGAAUGGAAUCGCCGCUCUGUUCCAGUCGGACACGGCAUCCGUGCUUCACGAAGCCGUGGGGUACAUCCGGUUCCUCCACAACCAGGUCCAGGUACCUCUCUCUCUCUCUCUCUCUCUCUCUCUCUCUCAUCUUCCUCUUGAUUACCUGGUAUUGAUCUCUCUCUCUCUCUCUCUCUCUCUCUUCAUCCCGUGGUGUCAGGUGCUGAGCUCUCCGUAUCUGCGGCGGCUGCCACCGUCCGCUUCCCUCAAUGUAAGAAUACUACCACAGCCUCUGCAGCGCCCGGAAUGAUCGCCGGCGUACCUCGAGGGGUUUUACUAAUCGCCGGAGACCUUGUGUUCUCUCGCCGGCAGGGAGACGGAGGGCGUGAGGAGGCGGAGGGGAGGAGCUGCGACCUGCGGAACCGGGGGCUGUGCCUGGUGCCCCUCGCCUGCACUGCGCGCGUGGCGAGCAGCAACGGAGCGGACUACUGGUCGCCGGCCAUGGGGAGCGACGCCGCCUGCCGUCAACCAGCGCUUUCCGACCAGCUCUAG